AAUAUAUUCUUUUUUUGUCAAAAGUUUUGGGAGUUCUAUAGCUCCGAAUAUGGAAACCCGACAGUCUCGGGGGGAUUACGUCAGUUCGGAGGUGGCCAGUGAGAAGCAGGAGCAGGAGCAGGAGCAGGAGGAGGAACUGGAGGACACUAGGAUGAUCUACCACGAACGGCAGACGCGUCAUCUGUGCGGCCUGCACGCUCUCAACAAUCUCUUUCAGCGCCCGGACAUGUUCACCAAGGCGGACCUGGACCACUACUGCUACGAGCUGACGCCGCGCUCCUGGCUGAAUCCGCACCGCUCCUGGAUCGGAUGGGGCAACUACGACGUCAAUGUGAUCAUGUACGCCCUCAAUCAGCGCCGCUGCGAGGCUGUGUGGUUCGAUCGCCGUCGCGAUCCCCACUGCCUCGAUCUGGACAACAUAUUCGGCUUCAUCCUGAAUGUUCCGGCCCAGAUGUCCCUCGGGUACUAUGUGCCGCUGCCCUUCCAGAUGCGGCACUGGCUGGCCCUGCGCCGGAUCGACGGCAGUUACUACAAUCUGGACUCGAAGCUGCGACAGCCCAAGUGCCUGGGAUCGGGCGAUCAGUUCUUGGACUUCCUUCAGACCCAACUCCUGCCGGACAACGAUCAUGAGCUCUUCCUGGUCAUCCGGGCGGCGGAGGAGUUGGACGCCGGCGAGGCCAUUUGGUCCCCGACGGAGGCCCUCAAGCAGCACUGGCUGCUGCCCGAGUUCAGAAACUAAAUUAAUGGACAGUUCGGAUCAGAAACUGCUCCCUUGGAAUAUGGUUUUCCAAACGAGAAUAUAUAUGGAUUUUUAUUUUAA